AAUUAUUCGUAAAGUCGUUACGAAAAAAAAAAAAAGCCCAACAAGUUUUUCCGCUCCUUAUCCGCGGAGAGACCGUGAUGUAUCAACAUCUCGUCGAAAUAUUUGCGUAUAUAUUAUAGAUAUACGCACAUAUGAUACAUUUAUCUUAUCUUUUAUGUCAUGGUACUUUAUAAUGAGCGCCGAUUUACCACUUUCAUCCGUCUUCUAACACGGGUGUAAAAGACGGAAAACGAGUUAUCUUGCGGUUGUCUGCGAGAUAGUUUUUCAAGUGUAGACGCGUUCUCCGAAUGAUAAUGCACGCUCUCUUGCGCCAUGCGUGCAACGUUCGCUCUGAUUUUGCUCUCGUGCUUUUCUAGCUACCUCAACGAAACGCAAGCAGACGCAACGAAACAGCAUGAACGCUAUACGACCAGGCUGGUUCAGCGAAGUGGACGAUCUCUGGCCCGGGGUCUCGCUGUCGCUGCAAGUGGAGGAGGUGCUGCAUCAGGAGUCGUCCGGCAUGCAAGAGAUAUUGGUCGUAAAAACGUCCUGAUAAUCGGCGGUGGCGACGGUGGGAUGGUGCGAGAAGUUUUAAAACACCCCGAUGUCGAACGUGUGACUCUGGUAGAGAUCGACGAACGAGUUAUCGAAGUGUCUAAAAAAUAUUUGCCCCACCUGAGUUCGAGUCUACAAGACCCCAAAGUGAGCAUUGUAAUUGAAGACGGUUUCGAAUUUUUGGAACGACACGUCGGGGAAUUCGACGUCAUUAUUACAGACAGUUCCGAUCCUAAAGGUCCCGCUCUGUGUCUCUUUGAGAAGCCGUAUUACGAAUUACUGGCGGCUGCGUUGAAACCUGGCGGAAUCAUUGCUAGUCAAGCGACCACAGUUUGGGACUGUUUGCCGCAAGUGGAGAGGACAUACAAACACUGCAAAGCUGUGUUCCCCGUCACGGCAUACGCGGUUACGUCAGUACCGACAUAUCCCUCAGGCCAAAUCGGUUUUCUCAUGGGAGCACUGGACAGCGUUAGUAUUGGUCUUCGUGUGUGUCUGAUACAUAAUUCGAUCUUCAAGUUUACAUCUUUGUUGAAUUACAUUACUGAUGCAAUUACACUUUCGUUCACGGAAAUCGGGAAAUUGCGCCCGUACUUUCACGCACCGUUUAUGUGUGAUCGCGAUUUUAACGGAAACGCGGCUUUCUUCUUUCAGCAAACAAAUCUUUCACAACCGGUCAGGGUGUUCAGCGAGGAAGAUCUCGACCGCAUGGAGUUGAAAUAUUAUAACGACAAGGUACACCGAGCAGCUUUCGUUUUACCGAGAUUUGUGGAGAAAGCUCUCGCAACACACACACCAUCAUCAAGCACUGGUGACGAUCUAGUCCACCAUAACUAAUCACAAUCAAGUAUUCAAUCAAGCUAACUAUGACUAAGCGCUUAACAUUUAUUUUAUACAUACUUAUACAUGCGUAUAUAUGUACAGGUUGAGCCAUUUAAAGUGCUGCAAGCUGUUUUUUCUGAAAGUACGCAUUAUAGCCAAAAAUGUUCCAAAUAAAAGUUGAUUGGUUCAAAAGGGAAAAAAUAAGGAUAUUAGUUUGACUUUGGAUGGACAUACUAAGAUCACACUAAGGCCAUCAUAAAUUUUUUAAAUAGAAUCAUAUAUACAUGUAUGAUUUUCUUUCAUAUAUAUCGAUUCUCCUAUUCAUUUUUUAUAUGAACAUAGAAGAUUUUUUUGAUGUAGAAUGACGGAUGGAAUCGAUUGCUGUAAACAAAUAAAUUAGAGAAACAUAAAAAGAAGUAAAAUAAAAAUGUUCAAACAAUUUUACAAGUAUAUAUAACGUAUAUAUAACGUAUACAAGUAUAAUAAACAAGUGUUCUUGAUAUGUUCAUUCAAGGUCAAACUGGUAUCUCUAUCUUUUUUCCAUUCGAAUCAAACAACUUUUACCUAAAAUAUUUUCUGCUAUGAUUCUGCAUACAUUCAGAGAAAACAGCUUGUAACACUUUAAAUGGCCCACCCUGUGUGUAUAUAUAUAUAUAUAUAUAUAUGUAUAUGGAUGUGUGUGUAUAUAUAUAUCAUUUCUGUCUCUAAUCUAUAUCGUAAUAUCAUUGACUGUUAUGGUAAAUUCCAUAAUUGUUCUUAUUAAUAAUAUGUGCAGAACCGCAAUCUCAUGACGCAAAGAAAGAUGAAAUGUACGCUUAAAAAUGAAAUCUUUCACAAGAAAAAGCACUGAUCACCAUAACUGACCAUAAUUAAAUAUUGAUUACCAUAAUUAAACGCUUAGUAUAUACUAUAUACAGGGUAUCCCAAACUAAUCUCAAUUCCCAUGGUGUGCAAGUAGAAUCGGUGAGACUGAGCAAAAAAGUCAUGUAUCAUUUUGCAAAAUUCGCAAUAGUUAGUGCGGAAUUCAUUAUUUUGUCUGAGUUAAUAAACGCACGAGAAAGGCUAGAUCGGACAUUGCGUUAAAAAAAUGGCUUCCUUCUGAAGAUGCGUUCAUUAGCUCCGACAAAAUAAUUAAUUCCGCACUAACUAUUGCAAAUAUUGCAAAAUGGGACACGACUUUUUUGCUCAGUCUUACCCGUUCUACCACAGGAACACCACAGGAAUCGAGAUUAGUUUGGGACACCUUGUAUAUUUUACUUGUCAUUUUUAUGUCUCGAACAUAUAUCAUAAUACAACAGACUGAUAUGAUAAAUUUUCUGUGUACAUGUGUAAUUAUCGCUAUAAGAAAUGUGCAUGCAAAUCUGUAAUCUCAUAAUAAAAAUAAAGAUAAUCAGUGCAUCAUAUAUACGUGCUCGUUCAGAAUUAAAUACCUAUCGCGAAGAAAAUGUGUGAAAAAUUCAUUUGCGUUGUGUAAUUUGUUUUUCCUCCUAACAUUGCGCAAAGUUUUCAAAGUAAAGUAUCUUGUCGCACAAUAAGCAGAGCGUAUACGUUUCACCAUCUAUUCACACAUAUAGGAUAUACAUACACACCAUCCAAAUGUUAGAAACUCUUUAUUAUCUGGUUACGUGUCGAUAAGAGUAUAAACAUUUGGAUUGACAAUACAAUAGUGAUGGCGAUAAAAAUCGAUUAAUAAUACAAGUAAUAAUAAUAAUAAUAAUAAUAAUAAUAACAAUAUAUCUUUAAUAAUAAUCAAGAUUAAUAAUAAGUCAAAAGAGUGGCGCAACGACCGUCCGUGGCUCAUAACAUUCCGUGAAAAAUAGAUCUGCAUGGCGCUUAAGACACAUAAACAUAUAGACAAUUAUUCAGAUCAACUAGUAAAAAUAUUAUCUAUGUGUGUAUGAUAUAAAUCGUUAAAACAAUGCGGAAAACGUUAUUACAUCUGUAAAUAUCGCUAUGCUAUCUUUUGUAUAUUAUAUUGUAUAAUAUAUAUGUAUAUAUAAUCUAUAUAUAUAUGUAUAUAUAUAUCGUAUAUAUAUAUAUAUCGUAUAUAUAUAUAUAUAUAUAUAUAUCGUUAUCUUUCGCGAAAUAUUUGUCAUGGCACGCUCCUUCGAAGACAAACGAAGAUCCGCGCAAACCGACCGCGAUACUUGCCAGUUUUUCCUCAUUUUCUCUCGCGAAAAAUUCAAGAGGCAAUUUCGUGAAUGACCUCUACAAUACAAGCGCAGAAUUUUAAGGAAAGAUCAGCGAUCAAUGGAUAAAAUUAAUAUUCUCGCUAGCACGAUUUAUUCGACAAAUUCUCCCCACACACCAUUGCAAUCGAUUUUAUCUAGUUGCGAGCAACUUUUUUCGUUUAUACGGACACAGCGAAAGAAAAAUAAUCGGACGUACUUGAUAUUGGUGGCGAACGCGUUGAAGAGAAUCGAGGAUUUAAAGUAAAGGUGAGCUCGAAGUGGAGAAACGCAUGUGUGCUAGCGAACGUGUUAACACAUUGCGGACCAGACAUUUUUAUUGUUAACCGUACCCAGUAGCUGGGUAUGUUCCUCUAACGACGCAAUAUGAAAUACGAGAUAUCUCGUCAUCCGGCCCCUAACGACGAAAUAGUAAAGACGAGAUAUCUCGUCAUCCGUCCGCAAUGUGUUAAUCCUCGGAGGAAAAAAGACCGGCCGAUCGGUUCGCCGCGGAGCGUCGGUUUGCGUGAAACUGCCGACAAAAUCGCGACUGGACGAUCGCUCUUUUUGAAA